AUGCAAAAUAAUCAGUGUAAUGUAAUUCUUAGUGAUAUGGCUCCAAACACAAGUGGUACUAGAAGUUUAAAUCAUAUCAACAUUAUGAAUUUGGCUGAAUCUGUAUUUGAUUUUUCACAACAAUUUCUGUCUAAAAAUGGACAUAUGAUUAUUAAACUAUUUGAAGGCAAUAAAAAUAAAGAGUUUUAUAAUAAAUUGAGGAAGCAUUUUAAAAAUGUUCAUUUUUUUAAACCAGAAGCAAGUUAUAAAGAUUCAUCUGAAAUUUUUAUUGUAGGACUGUUUAGGAUUUGA